AUGCGGCAGGGCAUGUCGGCCUUCAUUGAGGGCCGCGUCGCAGAGUCCAUCGAUUUGUUCGACGCCUCUUCCAAGGCCGGGUAUCCCCAGGACGACGCGCUCUGGCAGAGGGGGCUCUCCCUAUACUACGUGGACCGCUUCCAGGAGGGGGGCCAAGCAGUUCCGCGACGACGUGGCAAAGAACCCGAACGAUACCGAGGAGAGUCCAUAUGGGCCAUGCUUUGCGAAGCGCGCAUCGUGGGAUUCGAGCAGGCCCGGAAGCAGAUGCUGACCGUGGGCUACGACCGGCGGAGCGUGAUGCGGAGGGUGUACAAGCUGUACCGCGGGGAGGACGAGGCGGAGAGCUUGGCCUUCCUGCAGAAGGCGCUGUACCUCGGCCUCUUCGCCGAGGCCCGGGGCGACCCCGCCGAGGCGCGCAGGCUCGACUCGAUCGAGAAGGGCGGCAAGGCUACUGAAUCUAAGCCUCCUCCGUGGCGCAGUGAUUCCGAGGAUGGGAAGGAAACCAAGGACAUCAAGGAGAGGCUGGGCCACUGGCGAAAAACGGCCCGCUUCGCUACUCAUGCGGAAGAUCGUACCUUGGCCGAAGCGCAAGUUGAGCGGCUGCAGAAGGCACUACAAGAAGCCAAACCCCUGCACGUCCAGCAAAUGUCCGUCAACACUCGCCUUGCCAAGGCGAAGGAAACUGCGGGUACUCUCGAGACUAACCUGGAGGAGAAGCGCCAGGAAGUGGAGAAGGCCAAGGCGGACUUGGACAAGCAGCUUGCAGACGCACAGUUGGCCUUGGAUGAGUCCAGGAGGCAAGCGGGAGUUCUCCAGCAAGAAACUCGUGAAGCCUAUGCCAAGGGUUUCGCACAGGACGGAGAGCAGAUCCUCAAGAUAGGGGAGCCCCAGUUCGCCUCAGCCAGCCAAGAGUUCAAGGACUGGUUCAGCAAGCUCCGCGCUGACGAAGCUGGAGGCAAGCGCCUGGAACCCUGCGGCAGAUGCUUGAGGCCCAGGCCGUGUUCAUCAAGGCGUCCCAGAGCCAGGCUGGGGUCGCUGCGGGCAGUGGCGAGCAUGUUCGGGCUGGUGCUGAUGAUGGCGAUAUGGAGCUCGGCGAACAAGCCGAGAUCGACCUCGCUGCUGCAGGAGAGGCCCUCAAUGAGGCCAAACGUGCUGCUGAAGGUGAUGCCAGCAAUGAAGAAGCAGCACUUCAGAUUGCAGCAGCAAGGCGAGUUCUGCGUGAACAGCUUGCCUCAAUACGUGGUCUACUCCUGCAACUGCAGCGACCUUGUCAGCGGCAGCGGCCACCAGCUCUGGUUCGAGUACGGCUGCUGCGGCGCGGACGACAUGUUGCUCUCUCGUUCCCACGUUGCGCUCGACAGGCUGAUCGACCAAAUUGGUAUCAGGACGAGCGUGGUCACGUGGACCACGCACGCGCGCCCUCACUGGGAGAAGGAGGUCGUCUCCCUGGCAGUCAGGAGCUGGAGGUUCCUCAACGUGCUGAUGACGUUCCACGGCGUGAUGACCAGCCCCCUGAUGGAGAGUGCAGCGCUGCGGUUGAGGCACAGCAGCAGGAAGGUGAGCCGCGUGUACAGGCUCCUGGCUCCGCCCCCGCUGCAGCUCCAGAUCGUAGGCGGGCGCCUCGCGUCGAUGUCAAGGUGCCCUUGCUCUCUGAUGCGACCGAAGGUCUUCCAGAUGAGGUGGAUCGACAAGGCGGUGGCGACGGGCUACGCCAACGGCGACUACAUGGCGGCCCUGGCGAAGGUGCACCAGCGGCUGCGCAGCGCCCCGAGCCCGGGCGGCGAGGUGGCGCUGAGCCGGCCGGGCAGCGCGCCCGACGUGGAGGGCGCGGGCGGCGCGGGCGGCCCGCGAGAGGCGCGGCACCGCCGCGCCUGGAGGCCGGAGGUCGUGUGUGCGGGCCUGCUGGUCUGCACGCUGCUCUCGGCGGCUGCAACGUUCAGCGCGCCGUACGUGGUGCUGCUGCAGGUGGAUGGGGAGCCCUACGCCCUGCUCCUGGACACGGGCAGCUCGAACACCAUCCUGGCCUCCAGCGCGUGCGCCGAGAGCUGCGACGUGGGGCCCCAGUGGCCCAUGCGGACGGCCCCCGGCGAUGCCCCCGGCGUCUUCACGAUGGUCUAUGGCACGGGCAGUGCCGACGCGGUGGUCGCCACGGCGGAGCUGAGCCUCGGGGGGCUGACCGUCCAGCGCGGGACCCUCAGCUCCAUCAUCAGGCAGCACGCCGGGAUAGACGGCGCGACGCUGUUCCCGCCGCCAUCGGACUUCCUCUGCUACAAGUACGUACGCGGGGCUCCUGGGCCUGGCGUACCGGGGUCAGGACGCGGGGCCAGUGGGCGGGGGCGCGAACGGGACCGCGAACGGCACCUCCGCCACGCUGCUGGACCAGCUCGUGGCCGAGGCGGGGAUGCCCAACGCCUUCGCCAUCGAGCUGUGCGACAGGUAUCCUCAGCCGUGCGGGCCACGGCGGGACACGAGCACCUGGCGACCGUCCCGGCCGUGCGACGUCGGCGUCACCGUGGGGAACCUCUACCUCGGGGGCUACCUUGUUUCGUCUUCUACGCUCUGCGUCACUGGCAGGGGACAUGA